AUGGAGGGGAACGGAGACAACAAUAGCCAAGGUCGUCUCCCUGACCGGCUGCAACCUUUUCCGGCUAAUGAAGAUGGGCUCAACUGCGAGGAGAUUUUGUUGUAUAGCUCCUUUCUCCCGGAUCUCUUGGAGGAUGCAUGGAUGGAGAACGAUCAAUUCCAGGUUGAGCAACGACGCCAACCCGUCCAGCAAGGUGUUAAAGAGAUCGAAGAAGAACAAGUGGCCUGGGCGGAUGAGUAUUUCAGAAGCUGUCCACCAGGGUACAGAUUUCUUCCCACCGAUGAACAGCUGAUCAAGGAUUACUUGUUGAGGAAAGUGAACAACGAGCCAUUGCCCAUCAACCGAAUUCGCACCGUUGUUCUCUAUGACUACCGUCCUGACGUCCUCGUCGAAAAUAAUCACAACCACAAUGCGCAUAGAGAGAAGCAAUGGUAUUUCUUUACUUUGCGAGAGCGAAAGUACCCGAAUGGGACGAGGCCAAGCCGAUCAGUCGCCCAUGGCUUGGAUGGCUACUGGAAAGCAACUAGCGUUGACAAGGCCAUCAUUUCAGAUGGUCAAGUUAUCGGCUUCCGAAAGGCGCUAGAUUUCUAUGAUGGGAACCAAUCUAGUGGAAUAAAAACCAAAUGGAAGAUGCAUGAAUACAGGCUUAAUCAGAAGAGUCUUCCUCCCAAUAACAGCAAUGGAUCUGAUCCCACGAAGUUGGAUGAUUGGGUAUUGUGCAAGGUGUACAUGAAGGGAGGGAGUAAUUAGAGCAAGGAUCAUGAAGAGAAUGCGGAGGUUAAAGUGGUGGCUAUUGAUAACAGUGGGGUACAGGCCACAGCCAAUCUACCACAAGCAAUAUGAGUCGGAGUGUAGGAUAGAGAUGAUAUUUAUUCUCUGUGUUUAAUUUUUCUUGUAACGUUGCAUGUGUUUU